GGCUGGUCAUGUGUGUUCCCUCUCUCGUGAAAUUACCAAAUCUCCCAAGCAACUAUAUUGCCUCCUAUUUGUCGCUAUCUGUCACCUUGUUUGGUUAUGGACCUUCUCUCCCCGAGUUGGCAUUCGACUACUGGGCGGAGGAUGUUGUUAGUGAAGCAAAGCGUUCUAUCAUUGAUAUUACUAGCAUGCUCUUCCCUUUAGCUGGUUCCUCCUAUCACCUUGGUGGUUCACUCGAAGGCCUGAUCAAGGUCCAACGUGCCCUCACCGGAGUGGGUAGUUGGGAACUCGAAGGUGGCAAUGAUCUCUCCUCGAUGGUUAGCAACAAUUUUUCAAGCACUCAUUCACCAGGCUCUGGAGGCGUCAAUGCGUAUAGCGAUGGCAUUUGGGGUGGUGCAAAUUACAAUAACGGUGGGAUCGCCGCUCUCGAGCAAAUCCGAGACGAGUCACGGAAGUCGAAUUCCCGUCACGUGUUUCAUUAUCUGGACCAAAUGGACACGUAUGCAAUGGUUCUUCAACAAUCCGGCCCAAUGGGUUUCCGCCACAUGUGGGAAACCGUUACAGAACAUGCUUCAGGCUCUGCAAACGGUUUUGCUAUGGGAGGGGAGAGUAGGAUGCUUUACACCAAUUUACAUCCUUUCCUUUUACCAGGUGGAUCGGUUCUACCGGCUAAGAGUCGAGGUGUCCUUGUCAGUGGUGGUAGCGGGAAGCCAUUAAUUGUCAAUUGGGCGCAUCGACAUUCCGGAUGGAGCCUCCUUCUGGAGGUAUUGGAUGAAUGUGCAAAUCGAAUCAACAAUCCCUCUUCAUCGUCUCCCAACCUCCCAACUCAUCCACCAAUGAUUACGCAAGGGAACCUGCAAGGAACCCCCCAUCCCAACCUCCACCUCAAGCGAGGGAAUAUCCGUCCCAUCCCUUUCACCUUGAUGGCAAUCGGUGUCGAUUUCUCAAGUAUUGACAUUCAGAACUUGAUCAUAGAGCUUCUAGACCUUUUCCGCAGUGUCGUCAUGCAUAAAGAUGAUGCUAGUCAUGUAGCUCUAUUCGAAAGCAUGGAACAAUCUAGUGAUUCGACAUCCCUGGUUGAACCUUUCGAGGACGAUCGACCGCUAGAUACCAGUGGAAUAAGGAAAUUUGAUGUUGCACAAAUCGUUGUACGGAUACUUAGCGAUGCCCUUGCCCGCGCAGGAUCCAAAUCUAGCUAUUCAAGUAAAAGCGCGGAUACUAUCUCGAAGAAUCACCAAUUAAUAACAAGGCUUCUAGGCCUCGCUACCGAUGGAUUUGGAUUCGGCACAUCGCCUCAUGUAUCCACUUCUCAAGAAUAUCUACAAAGUUCUAUCCCCCAGCCUGGUAUAAUGGUACAAUCUACAACAGCCGUAGUGCUGGCCGCAGAGCGUGCUACUGGGUCGUAUAGCAUAACUCUUUCCAUCAUUUCCCUUACCCGUUCAUUACUCGACAAUGCCAUCGAAAGUGAUCUUGGGACGGAUGUCGAAGCCGAACUUCGAGGCCAAGUUCUACUCAAUGCGAUUCGAUUCGUGCACACAAAUAUCUGGUGUGAAUAUUCUGGUUGGAAGUAUAAAAGACUUGGAGAUAGAUUUGAGAUUGGUAGGAGGGUGGCAGAGAUUUAUUAUGACAUCUUGAAGAAUUGGACUGCAGGAAGUGAUGAAGCAGCGAACUCAACCAAUGGAGCAGUGUUCCGGAGCAUAGCUACGUAUUUGCUGGAGGUGUUCCUGUUGAAUGCGACCAACGCGACACUUGCGCCCUUAGUUCACGCGCUUACUGUCGGCCAAGACAUGUCGCGAGCACUCAAGUCCGCAAAACGCGAUUCCGAAGAUGCGGAACUUGUUUGGUUGCUCCAGACCUUUCUCCUUCUCUCACGGAUUUUGCUUGCAUAUAAGCAGUCAUCACCGCUGCAUCGCCGCCAGAGUCUCCUCGAGCACCGAUUAUGUGCGGGUACUUCACUCAACUUUUCCGUUUCGUCAAGGCAAGCAAAGUCAAUACCUAUCGAUGCCUUGGUGAAUUUCGUCACAACAAAUGACAUGGGCCCACACAUUCCCGUUUAUGCAACCGAUUUGCUUUCCUCUCUAGCCCUCGCAUUCUCAGAAAUAGAACCAUCGCCGCCUAGCCUUGUCACGUAUAUGACGGAUGCCGAAGAUGCGACUCGAGCGCUCGUAAACAUUGUUCAGAAUGUCUACGAAAAUCCCCGGCUCCGAAGGUCCAUAUGGAAUUUUAUGGCAACCACAGUGGAGCAUCAGCCCGCUUUGGCCACCUCAUUCGUGACAGGAUCCUUCUACACAAGAGAAAUGUCUACCGACAUACCUAGUACAGAAGGUCCAGCCGUCAAAGACAACUCCAGUUCUACAAAUCGUUCAAAUGCAACUAGGAGCGCUCUCAAUAUUGCUACACAGACCGCACCUACUUGGGAAGGGCUUUGGGAGAAAGAUUCUGCCAUCCUCUGUGCUAUCAUGCGCUUUAUCAACGCUGCUUGGAGGGAAAAGCUUAAGCACUCAGCGGCACUUGAAGCGGUCCGCAAGGACACGGCCUUCUGGACUCGAAUGGUAUGGGUCUUACGUCAGGUGUUAUCUCCCAAAAGGGUUGAUAUGGAUGGGGAUCGGAUGGAUGUCGACAGACCAGACAAAAUACAACACGUUCGGAUCACUACGUCUGCUUAUCAUACAUUGAUCCAGGCCUAUGUGAUAGAAAUAUUCGCCAUCGAAAUACGUUCCCAGCUUUUGCCGAAGCGGCCUAGCAAUACAACAGCCAUUAGUUUAAUGGCAUUGAAGAAUUUCCUACAAGUGGGGAAUUCACUAUCGCAGCAUCUCCAAGAGGCUAUUGAUAGCUCGUUCGAUAUAGAGCUACACACCCGUGUACAUCAAUAUUUCCACGAUGCUUUCCCUCGAUUUGCUCUCGAGGCCAUACAAUCACCGUUUCCGAUCACCCAGCGUAUUUUCGGGGCCGAGUAUCUUUAUCAAGUUCAUUUACUCGAGCCUCGGUUGCUCCCUCAAUUCAAGGAUCGUGAAACUGCUACCAGACUGCGCUUAUUUGUGAGCGAACUACAAAGUGUGAACUGCAAUUGGUCCCUUGUAGAUUCUCAGAUCGAACUCACACGCGCUUGGAAGAGAUUUCUACAGGCUGGAGGUGCCACUUUGCACGGUGACGAUAAACUCAGGCACGAGUUACUUCGCCUGUCCGUUUUGGUGUCUCAAAAAAUUGCCCAGGAGGAGAGGGGAGGCUCAACCAUGAUUACUGUCCACACAGAACGUCUUGGUGUCCUACUGGCCCUGUUAGAAUCAACUUGGCCCCUGUCCCUGACCGCAAGCAAAGAAGCGGUUGAAGUUUUUACCAAACUGCUGCAAAAUGUGCAUGCCAUUAUAAUGAGUGACACAUUCUCUCCCCUUCGAUCCCUACAGGAGGCUUACUCGAACGAUAACUCGGGCUUCCAUCGAACUAUACUUCAAAUCGCUUAUUUCUGUACACGCAAAGCAAGAACCCUCUUCAUGAAGAGAGAGAUGCUCACUGCAGAACAAACUGCGGUAAUUGCAUCUGCAAUGCUUGCUAUUGUGGGGUUCGUUUCUGUUGGACUCAGUAAUACGAUCGAUAUGGCGAAGAUCCAGCAAUCUGUCGAGCUAGAUCGGGAUAUGGAACUUCUGGUCGCUGUCUUUGAGCAAUCGACGAGACCUGAGUUGCAUACAUCACCACAGCUUUGGCUUGAAAGGGUGCAAGAGCUCAAUCUGGCUAGAUCAAGUCUUGAACUCCUUACCAAAUGUGAUAUCGGUGGCAAUCUCAUGAACGGAGAUGACCUGAGAAAUCAACGUUUCCCACUCUAUGCUAGGCAUAUGCUUGGUAUUCAGUUGUGCUUAUCAAGCAUGGAUAGCUCUGCGGAAACUCUAGCACUGUCUGCAGCAAUGCCCGCAUAUUGCAAUAUUAGCAUUGCCAAUGACUUGACAGUCGGCACCCUUAACGUAUUCCAUCCCGAGUUACCUGGCGAUCGAAAUCCUGGUCAUCAAGCCUGGUGCACAAUUCUGUCCAUUGUAACCGGCCUCGUCGAUGUCAUAGGACCAAGCAGUGGGUAUUUCAUCGAAACAGAAGUAGCCAGCUUCAUACAAUUCUAUGGUGCCCAAAUCUCUCGCGCACUUGAGUGGAACGUCGGGGUCCCGUUGAACAGCGGCACCAUUGAGGAGCUAGAGGGUGUGACAGGCCUAUUCCAUGCCGUGUCAGUCGGUGUCAAUCCUCACUCCGCAGCAGACGCACAAGCCAAUUCGAUGCUCCAAAUCUUCGCCGAGAAAGCACUCAUAUUACUCCAACACCUCAACUAUGCAUUGUCCCACCCAAAUCAUCUCACCAGCCUCUUCGAGGCAACUCGAUCGGAUGAGAGAAGAGCACUGGAAACCGAAAUAGGGCAAGGUGUCAAUAUGGCAUCUGCUCUAGAGCUUCUCGACGUAUCGAAGCGGCCUUUUUCAGCAAGUUUGACCCAAAGGCUCCAUUCUAUUGUUCGAAAUAUUGUUUCGACUCUGGUCAUUCUCACGAGAGGUGAUGAAGUCAUCACCAACGAACCAGAAGAUUGGCCGACCAGUCUUCAAAUAGCUCCGACCACGAAAGUCUCUAUUGGAGAGGGUACUACAAUGGGUACAUUCCUAGAGCUAGGUAAUGGAAUUGUCGAUUUAUUGCAGCACUUCAAGUCCACUGGUAUAGCAAAGCUUGCCACCUCGAUCACUAUUCCAGCCUUCGACUCCGAAUCUGAUACCCAGAUUUUACGCCAAUCGCUAGAGGCUGUCCUUAUCUUCGGUGUGACCCAACUAGCUAUAUGGCACAACCAAGCCAUGGUUAGCGAUACGGGUGCCGAUGAAGAACCUGGUACGGAAUGGGACGAUGUGGGAUUUGGUAAAGAGUUAUUCACUGGGAUGAUUGGAGGCAAGCGUGUGUCCAUGUUACCUGGGCUUGGCGGGGAUGUCUUGAAUGAGUUGAUGGCAUUAUUAACAAAGGCAAAAAAGGUGCUAUCCAAGGGUUCGAAUGCUACCGACCACUCGAGUGCUAUUAUUGGUAUACUUGAAGGUUUCCUGGGCUUGAGGGUUAUAGGUUAG